CAAUUGACACAAUGAAUCACUUCAUCUUUGUUGGUUGCCGAAUGUAAAGAAUGAAAUCAUUCACUUUAUACUGCGAUCUGUGUGUCAUCAUCUUGCUGAAAAAUGUUCAUUGUUGUCAUUUGCCCCUCCUAAAUUCCCUCCUCCGCUUCGCUUACGCGCCUCGUAAUUAGUGACCACAUGACAGUAGUGGGCUGUCUCUCUUCGCCACGUGUUGUACUCGAGUCGCAAAAUAUAGAACUUUUCUAUUCAGUUUCCAUUUUAAUUACGUGCACACGAGAAAUACGGAUGCAUCAAAAAAUGCCAGACAUCGAGAAAUCUGCAUCUGGAUAUAAUGGAAAGGAAACAUCGCAAGCUUCCUUACUUCAGAGUAAUAGGUCUCUUCAAAUACAAAAAAUCAUUAAAUUUCUCAAUCAUCAAGACGUUAUUCCUACUACAGUUACACCAAUUAAAGUAACAACUAUAAAGAGUCCAUAUAUUAUGAGAGCUUAUGAAAUUCAGCAACAUACAGACAAACUUGAUAAAAUCCAAAGGAAAUUGUUGAGCUUUAUGAAAACUGAAGAGUAUUUGAGAGGGGAAUAUAAUGUACAAAAUCCCAAAGUUGGUGAUGUAGUUAUUGUACAAAGUAGUAAAUGUACAGUUGAAGUGGAGUUACCAUCAUUUGUCUGCCGCGGUUUAAUACAAUAUAUUAAAAAGCAAGAUGAGAUAUACUAUAUUCUUUUAGUGGAUCAUGGUAUUAGCAUAAAAUUAACUAGGGAUAAAUUUUGUAUAGUGCCACAAAAUUUUAUUCCUGAAAAAUAUUUAACGAAAGCAGUUGGUGUAUUCAAUAUUAUGCCGAUUCGUAUGAAAAAGAAUGUUUCUAAUGGUUCUAAUAAUUCAAAGUCUACACCCAUUGUUGUAGACGAAUGGAGCGAAGAAGCAAUUCAAUUUGCCGAAGAUUUGUUAUAUGAAUCUAAAAUCAUAUACUUUGACCAUUUACACACAGAUGAGAAAAAUGGAAGAGAAUAUGGAGAAUUUUAUCUUACCAUUAAUAACAUAGAUAUCAUAUCAUUAAGCGAAGCUCUAAUUAUUAAUUAUUAUGCAACUUAUAUAGAAGGAGAUUUGUUACAGCUUGUUGACAAUUAUUCUCAAUCUAAGGAAAACAUAAAAGAUCACAUACAAAUAAAAUUUUCAUGUAAUGACAAAAUUGAGAAAAAUAGAAAUAACGCAAGACAAGUUAAUCACGCACAAGUUAAUUAUUCCCUUAAGGAAUUCUGUCUAAAUGAGAAAGUCUUGAUACAGAGUACAAUGAAUUGUGGGAUUUUAAAUGAUGUUAGAGAUCUCGGAUAUCCACACGGAAUACAUAAGGGUUGGAAUGAAUAUUACAAAUCUUCGAGACCAAGAAAGCUCCAGUCUUAUAUAUGGCCAGCUAUAAAUAAUGGUUUAAACGUUGUUGCUAUUGGACCAUCACAAUGUGGUAAAACUAGUGGAUGUGUAAUGAGUGUUUGUGGUCUAGUAGCCAUGCGUCAAAAGGAAGUAUCACACAGCGCAACUCGUCCACUAGCACUAAUUUUGUGCUCUUCAUCUUCUGAAGUAAUCAAUAUUCACUCAUUGUGUAUGUCAUUUUUGCGUUCUUUUGAUAAUGUAAAAUCUGUAGCUGCAUUUAAUGGCAAGACAUCUAUAUCAAUAGCGGCAUCUAUAUAUAAAGGUUGUCAAAUCUUAAUAGCCACACCGCAAUAUCUAGCUCGAUUCUUGAAUGAAAAUAAAAAUUUACUGUCAUUUGACAGGCUUUCUUAUUUAGUUCUUGACAAUGUUGACGUAAUUUUAGAUAAAUAUUAUAACUCGAUAGGAGAAUUAUUCAAGAAACAUAAAGUAAUUGAAAACCGUGAGUCACAAGGUGACAAUAGACCAACACUACAAAUAAUUAUAUCAGCAACAACCUGGACACCCGAGAUUAAGAAAUUUAUAUGUCUAGCAACGUACAAACCAUAUAUAUGUAUCACAUCAUUUUUAGAAGCUGUUAUUUUUAAAUCUAUACGUCCACAAUUGUAUAUUUUGAAUUCUAUACAAAAAAACCAAAAAAUAUCAGAUAUACUAAAGGAUGAUUAUACUACGAUGAGAACAAUGAUAAUAUGUAUAAAUGCUAAAGAAGCCGAAGAAUUAAAUACCUUUUUAUUUUCAACAAAGAAAACUCUGCUAAUUCACGAAGAGAUGAAGUUGUCUGAUAUACGAGCUUUACAAGACAGUUGGAAAGCAUGUGUACGUAGCUUGUAUCCAGUACUCAUAUGUACUGAUGCAGUUCUAUCUGAUCUCAAUUUUACUAAUAUUCAAUGGCUGAUACAUCAUUCUGUACAGUUAAAAUUCAAAAAUCUAUUCAAUUAUAGGUUUUCUGUACUUUUAGAUCAUUUGACACAGGAUGCCAAAAAAUGUAAAUUUAGUAUAUUCAUCGAUGAAAGAAAUGAUCAACAAUUUGUAAGCAUAAUAAAAUUAAUGGAACGAAUGAAAGUUGUAAUAUCUCGAGACUUAUUGAAAAGUUGUGAUCGAAUAGCAGUUACACUAGAAAAAGACAAAAAGGAAUAUGCUAUAUGUGAUAAUGUGAAAUCAUUUGGUUUCUGUCAUGAGAAAAAUGUUUGUGUAUUCAGGCAUUACAUGCUUCCUAAAAUCGAUGCACCAAUGACAAACAUACAGAUAAAUGAUAAAGUGAUAUUGAUGGUGAUGUAUAUUCACGAUACGACGCAUUUCUCUGCAAGAAUAAUCGAAUACAUGUCAUGUACAAAUGAGUCAAAAAAAAUAAAAUUUUGUGACACAGAGUAUAUGAAAACUGCACUUAAAAUACAAGAGUAUUAUCAAAACGUUGAAAACAGAAAAGUAUGUAUCUCGACGAACGUGGGUGAUAUCUGUGCUUUAGAGGAAUCUAUGGACACAUUUAAACGAGUACAAAUUGUGCGUAUCAGAUAUGAUAAAGAUAGUUCUGAAGACAAAGUAAAAUUUGUAGAUGUGAGAUGCAUCGAUAGUGGUGUUAUACAUGAAGCCAUUGAUGUAUACAAAUUAAUGCAUAUUCCUGAGGAAUUAUCAAAUCUUCCAACACAUAUUGUAGAAAUAUUUUUAGCUGGUGUAGCACCACCUGAUAAGGAAUACAUGUGGAAUCAUUGUGCUAAUGAAGCAGUUCAUAAAUGGUUCUCAAAAAAUUUUGAUGAAAGGUCUUAUAUUAUUGGAAAAGUUUGCCUUCACCUUGGAAAUACAAUUUGGUUAGAUGAUCUUCGAAUUGGAACAAAAUUACUUGGUUAUUCCGACAUGAUAGGAUCUUCUUUGAAAAAGGAACUUCUUGCUAAAAAUUUUGCAAUUUUGAAUGACAAUCACAUGCCAGAUCUGUUCAAACUUUGCAAAAACAGUGAUAUGAUAGAUAUCAAUGGACAUGACAUUAAUGUAAUGUGCAAAUAAAGUACCUUUUUUCUAUCAUUUA